GUCCACCUCUAGUGGCAGCUGUAGUGGCCUUAGAGUGGCUGAAGACCAGCGCCCUCACAGAUCUACAUCAAGACCUACCACCCUAUUCCCCCAGCCCAAGUGAGCCCUACUGUACCUUGUUCUGGCCUUCAGCAGGGGUGAUUACAUGGGCCGCAUUCAGGAAGUGGGCUGGGUGACUGCAGGACUGGUGAUCUGGGCUGGUACCUGCUACUACAUUUACAAAUUAACGAAGGGAAGAGAUCAGAGUGUGAGGAGACUUGCCAGAAAUGGGUCCAGAGUCAAGAUGGAGACUGUGGUUGGGGUACAGAAUCAGACCUUGGCCAUCAGUGAAGCCAUGGCUGGAUCAGAGAUUGAGACUAGACCCGAGGCCAACACUGGAGCGGAAACUGGAGCAGGAGGUGGGCCUGGAGCUGAAGUAGAGGCCAUGGUCACUGCUAUAGUCAGACCCAAAGCCAACUCUCAGGCUAAGGAAAUGGCUGGGGCAGAGGCAGAGAUACAAUCUGAGGCCAAAGUUGUGGCUGGAACACUGGUCAUGACAGAGGCAGUGACUGUGAUUGAGGCUGAGGCUGGAGCCUGGGAAGUGGCCGUGAAAGAAGCAGUGACACAAACUGAUGUUGAGGCUGGGAGAAUAGUCAAGAAAGAGGCAGUGACUCAGACCAAGGCAAAAUCUCGGGCACUGGAUGCCAAGGCAGAGGCCAAGAAAGAAGCAAUGACCCAGACCAAAGCUGCAGCUCAUAUAUUGGCUAAAAAAGAGACAGAGAUUAACAGUGUAAUGGGGACACAGAGUGAGACCUUGGCAGUGACCAGGGAAGUGGCCAAGAUGGAGGCCAUGAACAAGACUGGAAUUGUGGCUGAGACCAAGGCAAGAGCUCUGGAAGAGACUGUGAGUGUGGCUAAGACUCAGUCUGAGGCCAGGCCUGGUACCACAGUUGAUGCUAGGGGAAAUCCCAAUGGCAUGUCCAGGGAGGUAGCUGGAGUGGACAUGAAGUCCUGUGCACAGUCUCAGGCUGUGGUCAAGAUCCAGGGUGAUGACAUGCCUGGUGCUGGGGUUGAGGACAAGGGGAAUUACAAAUCCCUAUCUGUGGCAGGGUCUGGGGCAGAUAUGAGGGCUUCUGCUCAGCUUCAAAUUGUUGCCAAGACCCACACUGAGGCCAUGCCUGUGGCAAGGGUUGAUGCUUGGGGUAAUGCCUAUGUCAUGGGUAAAGUGGGGGCAGGGGCAGAUAUGACAGCUUAUAUACAACCUCAGAUUGUAGCCAUGAAACAAGCUGAGGUGAUGUCUAAUGCCAAGGCUGAUGGAAGGGAAAAUACCAGUGUCAUAUCCAAGGCAAUGACUGGAGCUGAGAUGUGGGCUUCUGCUUAUCCUCAAGCUGUAGCCAGUGCUCAGGCUGAGGCCAUACCUGAUGCCAGGGCUACGGGUAGACCCAAUCCCAAUGCCAUGGCUAAAGCAGAGGCCCAGGCAAACUUGAGGGCUAAUUCCCAGGCUGAGGCCUUGGCUGAGACCAAGGAUAAGAGCAGAGGCAAUCUCAAUGUCACUACUAAAGUGGAGGCUGGGACAGAUAUGUUGUCUUAUACACUGCCUCAGCCUAUGGCCAGUGGCCAGGCUGAUAGCCGAAUUAAGGCAAAGAGCAGUGCCAAUACCAUGUCUAAGGAAGGAGCUGGGUCAGACUCAAAGGCACAACCUCAGGUUAUGGCCCAGAGCCAGGUUGAAGCUUUACCUAAUACAAGAGGUAAGGCUAGGGGCAAAGCCAAAGCCAAGUGUAAGGGAGUGAUUGGAACAGACACAAAAACCUGUGUACAACCUCAGGCUGGGGCCAAGACUGAGGUCUUGCCUGAUUUCGUGGUUGAUGGUAGGGGUGAUCCUAAUGCCAUUUCUAAAGCAGGGGCUAAGGAAGACCAGAGGGCCUGUGGUCAGCCCCAGGUUGUGACCAAUUCCCAGGGAGAGGCCUUAUCUGGUAGCAAGAAUAGAGUUAAAGGCAAUCCCAAAGCUAUGCCUAAGGCAGAGGCUGGAGAAGGUACAACAGACUCUGCUCAGAUCCAGGUUAUGGCCAAUUCCCAGGGUGAUCCCUUGCCUGGUACCAAGCAUAAGGUCAAGGGACAUCCUAACACUGGGUCUAAGGCAGAGAUUGGGACAGAUACAACAGGCUCUGCCAAGCCCCAGGUUAUGGUCAGUUCCCAAGGUGAGACCUUGCCUGGUGCCAAGAAUAAGGUCAAGUGCAAUUCCAGUGCUGUGUCUAAAGCAGGGGCUGGGACAGAUACCACAGGGUCUGCCCAACCCCAGGCUGUGGCCAGUUCCCCAGGUGAGGCCUUAUCUGGUGCUAAGAACAAGGUCAGGGGCAAUCCGAAUGCUGUGUCUAAAGCAGAGGCUACUGCAGAUAUAAUGGGUUCUUCCUAUCCCCAGCCUUUGGCCAAUUCCCAGGGUGAGCCCUUGCCUGGUGCCAAGAAUAAGGUCAAGGGCAAUCACAAUGCUGUGCCUAAUUCGGGGAAUAGGCCAAAUGCAACAGACUCUGCUCAGCCCCAGGCUGUGACCAAUUUCCAGGGUGAGGCCUUGCCUGGUGCCAAGAAUAAGGUCAAGGGCCAUCCUACUGCUGUGUCUAGGGCAGGGGCUGGGGCAGAUACAAUGGGUUCUUCCCAGCCCCAGGCUGUGGCCAGUUCCCAGAGUGAGGCCUUACCUGGUGCCAAAAAUAAGGUCAGGGGCAAUCGCAAUGCUGUGCCUAAGGCAGGGGCUGGCGCAGAUACAACAAGCUCUGCCCAGCUCCAAGCUAUAUCCACUUCCCAGGGUGAGGCCUUGCUUGGUGCCAAGAAUAAGGUCAAGGGCGGUCCCAAUGCUGUGUCUAAGGCCGAGGCUGGGACAGGUAUAAUGGGAUCUUCCCAGCCCCAGGCUAUGGCUGUUUCCCAGGGUGAGGCCUUGCUUGGUGCCAAGAGUAAGGUCAGGGGCAGUCCCAAUUCUGUGUCUAAGGCAGAGACUGGUAUGAGUGCAAUGAGCUCUGCCAAGCCCAAGGCUGUGGCCACUUCCCAAUAUGAGGCCUUGCCUGGUGCCAAGAGUAAGGUCAAGGGUAAUCCCAAUGUUGUAUCUAAGGCAGGGGCUGGGGAAAAUACUGUGGGUACUGCCCAGCCUCAAGCUAUGGGAAAGUCCCAGAAUGAGGCCUUGCUUGGUACUAGGAAUAAAGCCAAGGGCAGUUCCAAUGCUAUGUCUAAGGCAGAAGCUGGGGCAGGCACAAUGGGCUCUGCCCAGCCCCAGGCUGUGGCCAGUUCUCAGGGUGAGGCCUUGCUUGGUACCAAGAACAAGGUCAGGGGCAGUCCCAAUGCUAUGAUUAAGUCAGAGGCUGGAGCAAACACAACCAGUUCUGCCCAGCCCCAAGCUGUGACUAAUUCCCAGAGUGGGAUGUCACUUGGUGCCAGGAAUAAGGUCAGGGGCAAUCCCAAAGCUGUGCCUAAAGCAGGGACUGGGGCAGGUAGAAGGGACUCUUCUCAGUCCCAGCUUGUGGCCAAUUCCCAGGGUAAGACCUUGUCUGGGGCAAGGGACAAGGCUAUGCCCAGUUCUGAGGCAGUAGCCAUAGUAGAUGAGGUCUAUGCAAAGUCUGAUGCUGAGACUGUGGCCGCUUCUGAGAGUGAGGGUGGGUCGGGCACUCAGGCUUAUGGAAAGACUCAGUCUAACAUCCAUGAUUACUACUGGAAUGGGAUUGGUGUUGAGGAUUGGAUUGCUGCUGAGCGAUGGAUUAAAUUUAGGUUUCAGGCCAUGGAUGGAGACUGGGAGAAUAGCAUGUCCUGGGCUGAUGAUGAGAAUGAAGCCAGUAUUGGAUCCUGGAGUGGGGCUAAUGAUAAGGCUGGUAUUGUUGGAUCCUGGGCUGUGGCUUGUGAUGAGGCCAGCGUUAAGUCCUGGGCUGGGGCUAGGGCUGAGAAUGAGGUUGGUAUUGGGUCCUGGGCUGGAGCUGGGGACCAGGCUAGUGGAGGACUCUGGGCUGGGGGUCAGACUAGUGAGGGAUCUUGGGCUGGGGACAAAGCCAGUGGGAGUACCUGGGUAGUGGCUGAGGGCAAGGCCAUUGGAGGGUCCUGGACUGGAGCUGAGAACCAGGCCUGUGGUGGGUCUUGGGUUAUCUCUGGGCAUCAGGCCAUUGGAGAGCUCUGGGCUGGGGGUCAGGCCAGUGAUGGGUCUUGGCCUGGGGGCCAGGCCACUGUGGUAUCCUGGGCUGGGGAAGGGGCUAUUGGAGGAUCCUGGACUGGAGCUGAGAACCAAGCCAGUGGGGGAUCUUGGGCUGGGGCUGGGGCUGGGAAUAUGUGUAGUAUUGGGUACUGGGUUGGGGCUGUGGACCAGGCCAGUGGAUUGUCUUGGGUUGGGACUGGUGAUCAGUCUGGUAGUGGAUCUAAGCCUAGAUUUGAGGAUCAGGCAAGUGAAAAAGGGUCCUGGGCUGAGGCUGGUGGCCAGACCAGUGGAGGGUCCAGGUUGGGGCCUGAGGACCAGUCCAGUGGUGGGUCCUGGGCUGACAUUGCAGACCAAGCCAGUGGAGGGUCAAGGCUGGGGCCUGUUGAUCAGUCCAGUGGUGGGCCCUGGGCUGACACUGGAGACCCAGCCACAGGAGGGUCCUGGACUGAGGCUGGUGAUCAGUCUGGUGGUGGGUCCAAGCCUACAUUUGAGAAUCAGGCCAGCGAGGAAGGAUCUUGGGUUGGGGCCAGUGGCCAGGCUGGUGGAGGGUCCAAGUUGGGGCCUGAGAAUCAGUCCAGUGGAAGGUCCUGGCCUAAUGCUGGGGACCAAAUCAGUGGAGGGUUCCUGGUUGCGGCUGUGGACCAGGCCAAUGGAGGCUCCUGGGCUGGGGCUGGGGAUCCAUCUAGUGGUGGAGCAAAGACUAUAUUUGAGGAUCAAGCCAGUGGUGGAGGGUCCUGGGCUGAUGCUGGGGACCAGACUGGUGGAGGAUCCAGGCUAGGCCCCAGGGAACAGUCUAGUGGCAAUUCCUGGGCUAGCACUGCUGACCAUGCCAGUGGAUGGUACUGUGUUUAUACUGGGAGUCAGACCAAUGCAGGAGUCUCUUGGGGUGUUGCUGGCAGCCAGGACGUUGGAGGGUCUAAGCCAGGGUCCACAGACCAGUCCAGUGCUGGGUCCUGGGCUGGUACUGGGAGUCAUGUUAGUGGAGGGUCCUGGACUGGAGCUGGAACUGUGGAUCAGGCUGGUGGCUGUUCUAAACCUGGAUUUGAGGAUCAGACCGUUGGAAGAGGAUUCUGGGUUAGUGCUGGAGACCAAGCUGCUGGGGUGUCCAGGCCAGGCCCUGAGGAUCAGUCUAGUGGAGGAUGUUCCUGGGGUGUGGCCGGUGGCCAGGUUGUUGGAGGCUCUAGGCCAGGGCCUGCAGACCAGUCCAUUGGUGGGUCCUGGGCUAGCACCGGGAAUCAGGCCAGUGGAAGGUCAUGGGUUGGGUCUGGGGAUCAGGCUGGUGGCUGUUCCAAACCUGAAUUUGAAGAUCAGGCUUCUGGAGGAGGCUCCUGGGAUGGUUCUGGGAACCAGGCCAGUGGAGAAUCCUGGGCCGUGUCUAGGCCUGGGAAUGAGGCCAGUGGAGGAUCUAGGGUGGAGCCUGAGGACCAGGCCAGUGGAAGGUUCCAGGUCAGUUUUGAGGUAGAGGCCAAUGAAGGAUUUUGGUUUGGCCCUGGGGCUGAGGCCUGUAUAGGGACUUGGUGUUGGACAGGGGAAGAAACUAUUAUUGUGUCUAGGUCUGAUGACAAGGAAGAGGCCAGUACUGAAUCCAAAUCAGGGCCUGGGGAAGAGGCUCUCAUUAGUUCUAAGUCUGAGGCUGCUGUCAGUUCUAAGUCUGAGGCUGGGGACAAGGCCAGUAUCAGCUCCUGGAUCAGUCCUGAAGAAGCAGCUUACAUGGGCUCCUCUGUAGAGGCUGAGGCUGGGGCUGAGGCUGGGCCUGGGGCUGAGGCUGGGCCUGGGGCUAAGGCUGGGCCUGGGGCUGGGGCUGAGGCUGGAGCUUGGGCUGAAGCUGGGGCUGGGGCUAGGGUAGAGUCUGCAGUAGGGGCUGAGGCCAAUAUGGGUACUUGGUCUUGGGAUGGAGAUGCAACCAUUAUAGGGUUUAGGCUUGCAGCUGAGGAAGAGGCUGGAGCAGCGUUCUGGACUUUAACUGAAGAUGUAGAUGAGGAUGAGCUAAGUAGAGAGUCCAGCCCCGAUAUUGAGGAGAUCAGUUUAAGGUCUUUGUUUUGGGCUGAGAGUGAGAAUAGUAAUGAGUCCAGAUCCAAAGGUGAGAGAGAUGUCAAUUUUGAGUCUGGGCCUGGGGAUAAGGCCAACAUCAAGGAUAAGUUUGAAGCUGCUGGUGGAGUUGAUAUAGAGUCUUGGUUCUGUACUGAUAAUGAAAAUAGAAGUGAUGACAAUUCUGCACCUACGGCUGAUGCCAAAAAGUCAACUGAGUCAAGAGGUAUAUAUCCAUCCAUGGUCCCUGGGGCAGGAAUGGGAUCGUGGGGUGGAGCCAUGAUCUGGUCGGAAACGAGGUUUCCACACCACAUUGUGGCCCAGUUCUCAGCUGAGCAAGGUUUCUCCCAAGCUGAGGAGAAAUUUCGAGCCUGGUCCUGCAACUGUAAAAAAGAAGGUGAUAUGGAUCCACAAGAUCUUGAAAAACUGAUUUGCAUGAUUGAGAUGACCGAAGAUCCUUCUGUUCAUGAAAUAGCCACUAACGCUCUGUAUAACAGUGCUGACUAUCCUUUUUCCCGUGAAGUUGUUCGUAAUGUAGGUGGAAUCUCAGUUAUUGAAAGCUUGCUCAAUAAUCCCUACCCCAGUGUUAGGCAGAAGGCCUUAAAUGCACUGAAUAACAUCUCAGUGGCUGCUGAAAACCAUAGGAAGGUUAAAACAUACUUAAACCAAGUAUGUGAAGACACUGUCACCUAUCCCUUAAAUUCAAAUGUGCAGCUGGCUGGACUAAGACUGAUAAGGCACCUGACUAUUACCAGUGAAUAUCAGCAUAUGGUCACAAAUUAUAUUUCAGAAUUUCUUCGUUUGUUAACUGUGGGAAGUGGAGAGACUAAAGACCAUGUUUUGGGAAUGCUUUUGAAUUUCUCUAAGAAUCCAUCUAUGACAAAAGACUUGCUCAUUGCCAAUGCACCAACAUCGCUGAUUAACAUUUUUAGCAAGAAAGAGACAAAAGAGAAUAUUCUUAAUGCUCUUUCACUAUUUGAAAAUAUAAAUUACCAUUUUAAAAGAAGAGCAAGAGCAUUUACGCAAGAUAAGUUCAGUAAAAAUUCCCUUUAUUUCCUAUUCCAACGACCUAAAGCAUGUGCCAAGAAACUUCGAGCCUUAGCAGCGGACUGCAAUGACCCUGAGGUGAAGGAGAAAGUUGAGCUAUUAAUAAGUAAACUCUGAUUGGCUGUAUGUUACCAAACAAAUUUGAGUAAUAUUUUGGUUUUGCACCCUGGAAAUAAUGCACACUGUAAAUUGCAUUAUAACUUUCAAGACUGAUGUUACCUAUGAUGGUCUAUAGCUGGACCAUUUUACAACACUAAAUGAAUUCAAACUUGUACUGAAAAUACAUGUGUUGAUUUUUAUCUUGUCUGGAUUGAGAUAUUUUUAGUAUGCUUCAUGAGCAGAAACUGAACUGAUUCUUCAUAAGUAAGGUAAUCUUUGGUCCUUUGUGUGGACUUAUGUUUAUACAUUUAAGACUUUAUUUUUAUGUCAUCAAUAAAGUUGUGUGUUUUAAGCAGCAGAAAAAAA